UUUGAAAUUUAAACCUGAAGUUCAUUGAACAUUUCUUGGUAUUGAAUAUUGAAGGUGAAAGAGGAGGCAAUUCAAAAGCACAUGAUGCGUUCGUUGCCUUUGCACCUUCCAAGUUCUGUGCGCGACCGACUUCCACAUCCCAGUCGCACGGCAUUGCGUUGGAUAUUCUAUGGCGUCCUGCUAGGCUUCUCGCUGUCAGUUACUUCGACUUCUCUUGCUUUGUACUUCCAGGACCGGAAGCGCAAACGCAUCGAAAAGCAGUUCGAGCCAAGGCCAAUCGAACUCCGGAGCGAUGAAGUCGUCAACGGAGUUACCGGCUUAAUUGGGAAUACGCCGUUCAUGCGCAUCAACUCUCUGAGCGAUGCGCUCGGCGUUGAGAUUCUUGGGAAAGCAGAGUUCCUCAAUCCGGGAGGAAGCGUAAAAGACCGUGUCGCGCUGCGGAUGAUCGAGGAUGCUGAACGUCAAGGUCUCUUGGUUCCUCACACCGGCUCUCGUAUAUUCGAGGGCACCGUAGGGUCUACUGGCAUUUCGAUAGCCACGAUAGCAAAGGCAAGAGGAUAUGAAGUCACAAUCAUAAUGCCCGACGAUGUUGCAGAAGAAAAGGUGAAGGCACUUCUCGCUUUGGGCGCAGAGGUAGAACGAGUCCGCCCUGCGAGUAUCGUUGACAAGAAACAGUUCGUGAAUCUUGCUCGUGAACGUGCAGCUCACUUCGGCCACACCGCCAACCCUCGUCGAUCAAUGCUUCGAACAUCGUCAUCGUCUGUAGUAGUAACAAGUACUGCGUCUGAAUCCGCCCUAGAAGAAGACCAUCUUAGGACCCAGGACGAGGAGGAGGAACUCCGGACUAAACCUCGAGGGUUCUUUGCCGACCAGUUUGAGAAUCAUAGUAACUUCGAUGCCCAUUACUAUGGUACCGGGCCUGAGAUUUGGAGACAGACAAGUGGACGAGUGGAUGCAUUUGUCUCAGGAGCAGGUACCGGAGGCACAGUAUCCGGUAUUGGACGAUACCUCAAAUCAAUGAAGGACGAUGUCCUGGUCGUGUUAUGUGACCCAGAAGGUAGUGGGCUGUACAACAAGGUCAAGCACGGCGUGAUGUUCGACCGGAAAGAAGCUGAAGGGACAAAGCGAAGACAUCAAGUUGACACAGUAGUGGAGGGAAUUGGUAUCAACCGAUUGACUCAUAACAUGGAACUCGGCCUCCCCGUGAUCAGCGAUGCAUUCCGUGUUACGGAUGCAGAAGCCGUCGCUAUGUCACGAUACCUCGUUCAAAACGACGGUCUCUUCCUGGGCUCAAGCAGUGCUUGUAACCUGGUUGCAUGUAUAAAAUUGGCAAGGAAGAUGGGCUGGAGUGAUGGUCAAAGAAUCGUCACCAUCCUUUGUGACUCUGGAACCAGACACUAUUCCAAGUUCUGGAACGAUGACUACUUGCAUCGCGCAAACGUCCCAAUCGAUAUUCAAAUCAUCAAGGACCUUCUUACAGGUCCAGUAAGCACAGCAACUCCUGCCUAGAUUUAGCGUAAGACGAACAAUGGACAGCUGAAGUGCACGAUAGCUAACGAUGGCGCCGUAGGCGUGUAUAAUACAAUACAGUAUAUGUAAAGACUAUGCAGGAUAUAUGAUGAGUGCGUGAUGGAUGUCCAUGCGAUGAUACAACUACAACAAACAUGGAGCGGGUGAAACAGUAACACAGGGAACAAUCUUAGCCAGGCUGCCAAGGAUUGCUCAACGUAUUCGGUACUGUUGAUAGCGAGGUUGAGGGUGUGAGAGCUGGUGCGGAUAGAUUGGGGAGGAGCGGGGCGUUUGUGAACGGAGGUUUGGGAGAAUUGCGGACAUGAGAAUCUUUGCUUGGGGAUGCACUAAGCGAAGGAGUAGCGGAAACUUGUCGGCUGAAUAUGUGACACUCCGUCAGAAAAAAAAAGUAACUCAGAUGUGAGGGCUAGCAACUCACGC